GCGGCGGCAGCGGCGGCAGCGAAGGUGGCUGCGAUGGUAGCGGAGCCGGAGUGGGCUUGAGGGCUUCCUCCCGCGUUUCCUCGGGCCGACGCGGCGCCGUGGGCCCGGCUCACUCGGCUCCCGCUCCCUCCCUUGCUGCUGCCCGGGCAGACUCGAACGAGGCCCGCGCUGGCCGCCCUGACGCGCCCCGGCUCGGCCCCGGACGGCCCGGCUGCUGUGCGGAGACGAGGCCGAGUCGGUAGUGGAAAGAAAAUACUGAAGAAUAGGAUCUCAAGAUGAGUAAAAAGCCCCCAAAUCGUCCUGGAAUCACUUUUGAGAUUGGUGCUCGUUUGGAGGCACUGGACUACUUACAGAAAUGGUAUCCAUCCCGAAUUGAAAAAAUUGAUUAUGAAGAAGGGAAGAUGCUAGUCCAUUUUGAGCGCUGGAGUCAUCGAUAUGAUGAGUGGAUUUACUGGGACAGCAACAGGUUACGACCCCUUGAGAGACCUGCACUAAGGAAAGAAGGGCUAAAGGAUGAGGAAGAGCUCUUUGAUUUUAAAGCUGGAGAAGAAGUACUGGCUCGUUGGACAGACUGUCGCUAUUACCCUGCCAAGAUUGAAGCAAUUAACAAAGAAGGAACAUUCACAGUUCAGUUUUAUGAUGGCGUAAUCCGUUGUUUAAAAAGAAUGCACAUUAAAGCCAUGCCUGAGGAUGCUAAGGGGCAGUUUCUGUUCCAGGUGAAAUCCCAGCAUCCACUAAGCUGGUGUUGUCCUAUCGACCCAGCUGGAUCGUGUAACCAGUCUAUGGGAAGUGAGGACUGGAUUGCUUUAGUCAAAGCAGCUGCUGCAGCUGCAGCGAAAAAUAAAACAGGGACUAAACCUCGAACCAGUGCUAACAGCAAUAAAGAGAAAGAGAGAGAUGGGGGAAAAUGGUUCAAAUUACCUUCAAAGAAGGCAGAGACUUCAACGUGCAUAGUCACAGCAGAGAUUGAGAAGAAGGAAGAACUACCCACAUCCAGUGAGACAUUUGUAGGACUUCACAUAGACACCGUUCCAAAGAUCGUCUUUCCACAGCCAGAGAGCACAUUAACAAACAAGAGGAAAAAUAAUCAAGGCAACUCAUUUCAGGCAAAGAGAGCCCGACUUAACAAGAUUACUGGUUUGUUGGCAUCCAAAGCUGUUGGGGUGGAUGGUGCUGAAAAAAAAGAAGACUGCAAUGCAACAGCUCCAGUCCUGGAGCAGGCGAUUUCACCUAAACCUCAAAGUCAGAAAAAAAAUGAAGCUGUCCUUAGCAGUUCUGCCAACCCUCAGAAACCUGCACUGUUAUCCUCAACUUUGUCUUCAGGGAAGGCUCGCAGCAAGAAAUGCAAACAUGAAUCUGGAGACUCUUCUGGGUGUAUAAAACCCCCUAAGUCACCACUUGCCCCAGAGCUAAUACAAGCCAAGGAUUUGACGCUUGUAUCUCAGCUUUCUUCCGUGAUAAAUAAAACUAGUUCUCCACAGCCUGUGAAUCCCCCUAGACCUUGCAAGCAUAGUGAGAGAAGAAGAAGAUCUCAACGCUUAGCCACCUUACCCAUGCCUGAUGACUCUCUAGAAAAGCUUUCUUCUUCCUCUUCAGCAACUGAUGGCAAAGUAUUCUCCCUCAGUUCUCAGAAUCAGCAACAGUCUUCAGUACCAGAGGUGCCUGCUAUUGCAUAUGUGCCACUCCAGAAGCUGGGACCCUGCCUCCCUCUUGAUUUAAGUUGUGGUUCAGAAGUCACAGGAAGUAGAGCCCCAGAUUCCUCCUAUCAUGGUGGUGUAUGUCCCAGGGAAGAAAAGGAGGAGACACCAUUGUUUGCAAAUCCCACCUCCAAAGUAGUGAGUGAUGUAAAAGGAGCUGCAGCAGCUACAGGAAUAUUGAAAACAGAAAAAAAGGUGAAAUUGGAAGAAAAAACCUCCACUGCAUUUGGUAAAAGGAAAGAAAAGGAUAGGGAGAAAAAAGAGAAGCGAGACAAAGAUCACUACAAACCAAAACAGAAGAAAAAGAAGAAGAAGAAAAAGAAAUCUAAACAGCACGACUAUUCGGACUAUGAAGACAGUUCCCUAGGCUUUUUGGAAAGGUGUUCUUCUCCACUAACUAGAUCUUCUGGGAGUUCUCUGGCUCCACGAAGCACAUUUACGGAGAAAACGACAACUUAUCAGUACCCGAGGGCAAUUCUGUCUGUUGAUCUUAGUGGUGAAAAUUUGUCAGAUGUGGAAUUCCUGGAUGACUCUUCCACAGAGAGCCUGCUUCUGAGUGGGGAUGAGUACAACCAAGACUUUGAUUCAACUAAUUUUGAGGAGUCUCAGGAUGAAGAUGAUGCUGUUAAUGAGAUUGUACGCUGUAUCUGUGAACUGGAUGAGGAGAAUGGCUUCAUGAUCCAGUGUGAAGAGUGCCUAUGCUGGCAGCACAGUGUGUGCAUGGGGCUCCUGGAGGACAGCAUUCCGGAGCAGUACAUCUGCUACAUCUGUCGGGACCCUCCGGGUCAGAGAUGGAGUGCAAAAUACCGUUAUGAUAAGGAGUGGUUGAAUAAUGGAAGAAUGUAUGGGUUAUCUUUUUUAAAAGAAAAUUAUUCUCAUCUCAACGCCAAAAAAAUAGUUUCCACACAUCAUCUUCUUGCUGAUGUCUAUGGUGUAACUGAAGUACUGCAUGGAUUACAGCUUAAGAUUGGAAUACUAAAGAAUAAACAUCAUCCUGACCUUCAUCUCUGGGCUUAUUCUGGGAAGAGGAAAGACCAAGAUCAGGUAGUAGCUGAAGCAGAGAGAAAAGUAACACUUCAGGACACAGCUAACUCAGAGGGAAAGAAGUAUGUACAGAACCACAAAGAACCAUCCCUGAAAAUGGAAGAAACCUAUAUAACAAGCGAACACAGCUAUCAAAAGCCACAAAGCUUUAGUCAGGACUGCCAGUCUCUCACAGACCCUGGAAGCUCAGAUGAUGAUGAUACUAGCAGUUUUGAAGAAGAUGGGGAACUCCGUGUGCCAGAUAAAAGCCAUCUUCUGUACAAAAAUCGGGGAGUGUCAGAGAAGAAGAAUCCAACAUCAGGGAAUAAAGUGUUUGUUUAUAAUGAUAAAAAGGGCACGGAGGGCCCAGGAGACUCGCAUCUUCAGUGGCAGCUAAAUCUCCUCACACACAUAGAAAAUGUGCAGAAUGAAGUCACCAGCAGGAUGGACCUCAUAGAAAAAGAAGUGGACGUUCUGGAAAGCUGGCUUGAUUUCACAGGGGAGUUGGAGCCACCAGAUCCCCUUGCAAGACUGCCCCAACUUAAACGUCACUUAAAACAGCUUUUACUUGACGUGGGCAAAGUACAACAAAUUGCAACUCUUUGCUCUGUAUAACAACAGAAAAAACUUGGUGACAAGAAUAUGUCUUUCUUCAGUUGAAUCACUUUUAUUCCUAAGUGGAUAGUCAGAAAGCUUAAUGUUUGGUCAUUUACUGAUUUGUGACAUCAAUAAUAUGGCAUCUUGGAAAGAAAAUGAAGAAUAAUUUUAUCAAGGAAGCUAACAUUAAAGAUGAGUGAACAAGCUACAAAUGAUAAUGUCAUCUAUGCCAAGAAUCAAUGAGGAUAAUCCAAGCUGCACUAAAGGAAUGGAAUUGGCAAGAUACUUGUAGUUGCUUUCAUGAAGCUCAAGAUACCCAUAGAAAGAAUUAUGAUGUAUUUAUAUAGCUUUAGAAGAGAUACCCAUGUUUAUAAACCAGCAUUUGGCCAAAACCACACUGUAAGGAAAUUGAAGUUGUGGAGAGUUCUACAAGAUUGCUCUAAGAAUUGCCUUCUAGCAGUUGGAUCCAGCUGCAAAGAAACUUAAAUUAUUUAAACUUCUGUAGGAUCAUGAAUUAUUUCUUGGGUGAUGAAUGUAUUUUAAUCAGAAAACUGACAAUGGAUGUCUCACUUUGGGGAAAAUAAUUGUGGAAUUCUAACUUCAUUAUGAAUGUAUUUUAAGAAACCCACCAAAUAAUUGGAAUUUAUUGCAGGCAUUGUGCUCUUUAAAAGUAAAGUGGCUUGCAGAAGGGCCCAAUGUGCCAAAUGUUGAUACUGCUGGAAAGAGGAUUUGAAUAUUGCAGGAAUCCUUCCACCCGCCAUAAGCAAUGCCCUUAACCCAUACAAACCUGUGCGCCACAUGCUGGGUGUGCUCUGUGUAGGGGAGUCAUGGUAUCCAGACUUCAGCCUACAUUUGAUCCUGGAUACACUUGGUGUUUGCUUGCCUUUUGAAAAAAACUAUAAACCUCAGCUGGGAUGAGGAGUGACAAAAAUAUCAAAAUAAUCUGUUGCUGUGGAUUUUUUUUUAACUGCUAGUAGUGGAAUACUGGAAAAGCUUCAUUUCUGAAGACAAAUUUUAUUUUAAAAUAUAAAUAUACACUCACAAAUUUUAGCUUUGUUCACAAAUGGACAGAUUUAUGAAACCAAAGGCAACUAAGUUGCUUACUCAGCUCUUGCUGGAUUUUUGAGCCUAGGUCCUACUGUCUGCCAGUCCUGGUGUGAGUUGUGUGCACGCCGCAGUGCUACAUGUGCAGGUAUGCAUAAGUGAGUAUGCUUGAUAAAGUAGUCGACAUACAUAUGUACAUAAUCAACAUAUUUAUAUCACACAUAUCUAGUUUUAUUACUAUAGAUUAUACAAAUUGAUGGUUAACAUAAAAUGUUGCCUUUUAACAGACUGUUUUUAAAAACUAAAAGUGUAUGUACAGGUUUUGAAAUUUUUUUAAAAAGGGGAAGAAAAGACUGUUAAGUGGAGGCUAUUUGAUGACAUUACACUUGAAUAUUUUUUUUGCCUCAUUCUGUUUAUCAGUUCUGGAAAUCUGUAUAAAGGCACUUAGAACUGAUAGACAGUGAACUUGAAUUUAUCUUUGAUAAGAAUACAUGCCACUGUACAUUCAGAUAUUAUUUAAAGUUGCAAAACACACUGUUCUUUAUGUAAGGUACUGUAUGUAAAACUCUAUUAAAAACUGUUCCACAUACCCUAAAAUUUCAGCUUGCCUUUUUGUGGCCUUAUGUUUUGAUGUGAGGAUUAAAAGAAUGUGUAACACAUUGGGGAAUUUUUAUUGCCUUUUGAGAUUUUUCAACUGACAAAUGUGCCAAAGAUCACUAUACAUAAAAUGUAGUCUUCUGUAUUUACUUGUGAUACCUAAACUUUGUCAAAGAUCCUACUGAUGAAUGCUUUAGCAGAAGUCAUUGUGGGGUAGUUAUUAAAUUUGCAUAUUAAAGUAAAAAUUAGUGCCUAUAACCCAUGUGUGGAGUAAAUUUACUAAUGUUUGUGUUUCAAGAUUGAUACUAUAUUGUUCAUUUAUGUUUUAAAAUGAUGGCUUUAAAAUUUCCCAUCAUGACUGAACCCUAGAUGUUGAAUUUGCGUCUUCUUUUCAGAAAUGUAGCCAGUAAUGUCCUUAGUCUGUAAAUAGUGUUGUUACCUUGGUUCUUGUCAUAUGUGCAGAAGAACUCUGUGUUCAGAGCUCAGAAGAAUUCAGUUCUGGUCACCUUGAUUAAAAUAAUGCACAGUAUUAUAGUACAGACUCAGUGUUCCCACACAAAGUCUGAAAUGUUCCAUGUGUGGAGUACGGACUCCCCAAGUGGAAAGUUCAUACCUUAUUUCAUGUAAGCAGGAUCACUGUCAAAAUACAGGCUCACUAAAAAUGCAGUAUACAACAAAUUCAAGAUAUGAGUUUAAGUUGUAUACAAAAAGGAGUGAAGUUCACGUUUAGUCUUAAGUCUCAUGCCAAGAAUGUGUCAUGAUAAAAUACAAAGACUCCAACAUCCAAGAAAAUACAAAAUCCAAAAUAUUUUUCUUCCCAAGCAUUUCCAAUAAUGAACACUAAGCUUCUGUCUUAAAAUAUAAUCACUUGGAUAGCAACUAGGAAAUUGAGUACUUCAUUGAUUUUAUGUUAAAUGUUCCACUCUGCUUAUUUGUCAAUGAAUGAAAAAGCUAAUUCUUAAAUUUAGAUCUUUAAAGAAUAUAUCAGAUUAUACGCACAUACCCAGUUACUAUAGAACCAACCAAUAAUUGGUUAAGGCCUAUUAUCAGGUAGAGGGCAGCACAUUUCUUUGAGAGAAUGAAUUAACUUUGGAGAAGCAAAUACAUUGUGAGAAGUAUCAGGUAAAAUUUGUUUUGCCUUUUAGUCUUACCUAAAAUCAUUGUUUUGAAUUCUAAGCAAGGAACUGGAGAGGGUAUUUUCUUCAAUGAUAAUGUUUUGUUUGUCAGAUGGACAAAAGAGAAUGAGCCUCAGUGGAGGGAUUCCUCCUCAUAAUUUCUGGCAAAUAUAAUUUGUACUUCUUUGUGGUUGUCUAUGGUUCAGCUGACUGUAGAAGUAAUGUAUUUUCUCCUUAAAGGAACUUGUUAUUCUUAGAAUUUCAGGUAAAUCACCUGUUCCCUAGUUGUUUCAAGUCAAUGUCAUACUCAAAUAUGUAUACUUUUCAUGUUAAAACUGAAGCAUACUACUUCCUCCCCAAUAAACUGAAUCUGCUGCCAUUGUCACUGUCUUGGUUAAUAGCAUCCUAUCAGUAUAUGAUUAACACACAGAGUCAGCACUUAAUAGUCAUUUCAGCACCACAUAAGUGUUUUCUCAAAACAGUGAUGAUGUCUUCUUCAGGCCUGUUGGGAGCCCAUUGUAAGUCAUGGAGGUAAUGAGUCAGUUUUACUUACCUCUUUCAUUCCAGCUUUGUUUUCAUUCUGAUUCUUCAGAUUGUCACUGCCAGAAGAGAAUUACAUUUUAUAAGUAUCAGCUCUGUGCUAGGCAUCAUAAUGCCUCCUAUGGUAUAUGAAUUAAUUCUUUCAGAGGACAGGUAAGAGUAAUAAUCACUUUCUAAAAAUGCAUGGAAAGGUUUAUGCAUACACUCAGACAUACAUCCUGGAUAUGAAGUGAGUUUUUGUUGUCUGUACCGCAAGUGUUCCUUGGCUCUUCUUGUCAUUUUAAUUUUCUACUGUAAAACCCUAAGGGAAUAAUUCAUAGUUUGUUGUAUCUGUGUGGUAUGGAAUGUGUCCAAGCUGGCCUAGUUUGUUCUCACAUUCAUGGCAAUGUAGCCUGACUGUUAGGACUGUGCUUAUUUCCAUCUCUUACCUUCAUAUCACUUCUCUGUGUGAAAGAUCCUCACUUGUUUAUAGAUCUAUAAAUCCAGAUAUAUAACUUGACUAUCUCUUGUCUUGACUAUCUCUUCCUAAAAAAAUUCAUUACCAAAGGCUCCUGUAUUGAAUCAAACUGGAGAGGAAUUCUGUUACCAAGUAAUAACUUGCUAUACGGAAACAGGCACAGAUUUGGUAAUCUCAGAUUUCCUGGUAAUUAAUUUACUAGCAGUAUGAUACCCUGAGCUUUGGUUUACUUGUCUAUAAAUGAUGACAUACCAACUUGGAACUUUGCUUUGAGAGUUAAAUUAUCAAGAAGCAUAUGACAUGAACUUGAUAUCACCUAUCACUGAGUGUCAUCUAUGUGCAGGCCAUGAAAUUAAUAUGGUUAGAGUUGGAUAGAGGAUAAGAUCAUGUUCCACAGGCUAAUGGAGACAGUAACAUUUUCUAGUGAGAGCCCAACCAAAGAGACCUUUCUUUAAAGGAAGAUAAUUAUACUUGAAUGUGGUGGAGCAGGGAGAAUAGAUAUAUAUUCAUUGAAACAGUGUUCUCUUAAAUUUGACUAGAACAUCCAGAAAAAUUUAAGACAUUGAAAUUCCUAGUCUCAGUUCUCUCUAAACUAGAGCCCAAGGAAAGACUUCUGAGUGUACUUAGUUUAUUAGAAACAAAAUCUAACAACUCAGUAGCAGGAGGGAAGUGAGAGAAUGGAAGAGGGGAGGAGAAAGCAAAUAAGCAGAAUGAUUGCUGUGAGCAAUGGGACUUUGAUUCUGCCUUUUUAAAUCCCACAUACAGUAUGUAAUUUCCAAGUUGUAAAUAUUAACAUUAUACCUAAUCACAUAGAACAUUUUUAAAUGCAUGUGGUUGAAUCUGAUGCAUCAUGGUUGUUUUGUUGUUUACCAACUUUUUUUUUAAAGGACAUAGGCAGAAUUUUGAGGUAACAUGACAAAUUAGAAGCUUCCUACAUGUCUCCUUAUAAAUAAGUCAGAAUAAAGAGAAAUGGAUGCUAUCCAAUAGAGAACCAUGGAAAUCCAUGUAAUGAUAGUUGAGUUAAAAGCCUGUAGGAAAAGGUGGAGCAUGCUGAAAAGUAUUUAGCAGCAGCACAGCUUCCUGAUAUAGAGAGGGGAAGCAGAAGUUUCAUUUUCUUAGGUACUUUUAUAUAUCCUGUGUCUUAAUUAAAAGAAAAAAAUUUAAGGCCAAAAUGAAUAUUGCCCUAAGAUUUAAAGAUCUCAAAUCUUACAAUUUUAAGUUUACCAUGUUAAAAAAAAUUAAUAAUCAUUUUUAAUUAAAUUGGAUUUUUGUUAUUGUUGAUUUUAUACUUGCCUUUGGUCUGCUAAAUUAUCAGUCACUGGAAUUGGAGGUGAUUAAAAAAGCUCACAAAAAAACCUUAAAAAAAAAAAAAGGUAAGCCAGGUGGCACCAAUGAAGAGAUGACCUAUCCUACGGACAGUUUACAGCUCUUACAAACCUUUAUAUCCAGCUGCAGAUUUUGAGAAGAUGGCAAAUUCUCUUAUAGUCAGAUCAGCAGCCAAAAGGAAUCACAUUCUAUCAUCCUGAGUGCCAUCUUGAGAACUUGUUUAAAACUAAGCUAUCUUCGGUAUCUGUAAAUUGGGAUAAUAGCUGGUCAGCUUGAAUUUGACUUAUAACAUCCCAUAGGUAAAGAACAACCUUAGGAGGCCUGUGGAGAGUGCUAGAAAGCUGAAAAGCAUAGUUUGGCAGGAAGGUCUGACCAGACAAUGAACUAUACAGGGAAAGAUAGCCCCACUUUUGAUGGUGGGGAGCAAAUAGCCCCAGAGGUUAAUAAAUCCUGAGUCUGAGAUUAUUGGAAAUCAACCUUUGGAACCAGCUAUUUCCCUUCACUGUUGAAGACUUGAGAAUUUUGAAGAUCCAGAGGGUCAUGUCUGGAUGACCAACUGAAGGAUUUCCAACUCAAGCCUCUGCCUCCUGUAAAGAUCUUGCACAAUGCUUGUCAUCCACAUACACUUUGCAAUGGGUUGAACAGAAUGUAGAGAUUUGUAAAAUACAAAUAGAGACCUGGACCUAUAGGAAUCUCUACUGUGGUAGCUUCCCUCAUGCACAAAUAAAGGAAGCUACUUAAGUGGGCAUUGCUCUGGUAGACUUCAGAUGGUUGUCAAGUGCUGACUGAACAACUUCAACUGGCCUUUCCUUGACCUGUGCAUCAAACACAGUCUUAAGUACUAGAGACCUUAGAAACAACUGUAAUAAUUCAUCAUUUUUUCUUUUGCCCCACCCCUUACUUACUUUUAUCAGCCUUUACUGUAUUAAAAAGAAAAUCUUGUUUCUAUUUUUAUCUCCUUUAAUAAAUUUCCUA